AUGGCCGUUGUGCCGCCUCCGACCUCCUCUGCCCCCUCCCGCAAGCCGCCUCCCUCCGCCCUUAUAUACUCCGCCCGGCCCCGACCCCUCUCUCUCCUCGCGCCGCCGCCCACCCAUCUCACCGCGCCGCCGACUUCGCCGCCGCCACUGCCCCGCACUCCACGGCCGCCGCCGACCGCCGCCGGCGCCACCAGUGCACCCGCCGCUCCGCGCCACCCCUCCCCAGCUAUUCCGUCGUCGCCGCCGACGCCCGUAGCCGCCUCCCCGCUCGCAGCCGAGCUGCUCGCCGCCGUGCCGCCUCGCCGUCGACCACCGCCGCCGUCGUGGUAA